GCCUGGACAUGAAAUCUGGACGGCGUGUCGAGAGAAUUACCUCGUGCUCACCACAUUGUACUUAAAGGCAUUACGCCGACUCCACCUAAUGCGCCGCCUGCCUGCACCUCUUAGUGCAACAGCAUACAAAUAA